GAGGCUGGCGCGCCGCGAACGGGCGGGCUGCGGGCGGCUGCGGACCGCGGGGAGGCGGAAAGUUUCUCCGCCCGCCUCAUCCAGCGAGCCAGCGCCGGAGAACUGCGGGCCCAGCCCGGCCCAGCAGCUCUGCAAAAAGAGAGGAUCGCACAGCAAAAUAAACAGAAAAAAAAAAAAAAACUAAAACCCAAGCCAGCGGCCAGGCGCUGGGGCCAGACAGGGUUUAUGCACUCCCAGCCCCGAAUCUGAUCUCCAGGACCUAAGUGCUGAGUGACAUUGGUGUCGGAGAAUGCAAGGCUCUGGGCUAAAGAGUGAGGCUACAAAGAUGACUAAGGUGCUGACCAAGAAAGAACCUGUGGUUAAGCAGCUUGUAGACGAAGUGAUGGAAAAUAUUGCAGUGAGAUUUAAUACUAUCCAGUCUAUGGCUGUCCAUGCUCCGUGAGGGUUUUGCUAUGACUGCAGGCCCCUUGCAAAGUCAGGUCUGCCCCUCACUGCCACAGCCACCCCAGGCCCUCGCGUCUCGGUCUCUGCAUCAUUCUCACCAUGGGCAGUGUCAGCAGCCUCAUCUCCGGCCAUGGCUUCCACAGCAAGCACUGCCGGGCCUCACAGUACAAGCUGCGCAAGUCCUCCCACCUCAAGAAGCUCAACCGCUACUCGGACGGGCUGCUGAGGUUUGGCUUCUCCCAGGACUCUGGUCAUGGCAAGUCCAGCUCCAAAAUGGGCAAGAGCGAAGACUUCUUCUACAUCAAGGUCAGCCAGAAGGCCCGGGGCUCCCACCGCCCGGACUACACAGCGCUGUCUAGUGGGGACGUAGGGGGCCCGGCCGGGGUGGACUUUGACCCAUCCACACCACCCAAGCUCAUGCCCUUCUCCAACCAGCUGGACAUGGGCUCAGAGAAAGGCCCAGUGAGGCCCACAGCCUUCAAGCCGGUGCUGCCGCGGUCGGGGGCCGUCCUGCACUCUUCCCCUGAGAGUGCCAGCCACCAGCUGCACCCGGUCCCUCCAGACAAGCCCAAGGAUCAGGAGGCGAAGCCGGGCCUGUGCUCCGGGGCGCUGUCUGACUCCGGCCGCAACUCCAUGUCCAGCCUGCCCACACACAGCACCAGCAGCAGCUACCAGCUGGACCCGCUGGUCACGCCCGUGGGGCCCGCUAGCCGUUUUGGGGGCUCAGCCCACAACAUCAUGCAGGGCAUCCUCCUGCAGGACAGCAACAUGACGAGCCUGAAGGCUCUGUCGUUCUCUGACGGGGGCAGCAAGCUGGCGCACGCGGGCAAGGUGGACAAGAGCGCCUCGUGCGUGCGCUCCCCUAUCUCCACGGACGAGUGCACCAUCCAGGAGCUGGAGCAGAAGCUGCUGCAGAGGGAGGGAGGGCUGCAGAAGCUGCAGCGGAGCUUCGACGAGAAGGAGUUUGCCUCCAGCCAGGCCUUCGAGGAGCGGGUGCGGCGCAGCAGGGACGAGCAGGACGGCCCUGAGCCCAAGGGUGGUGGCGGGAAGCUGAAGCAGGCAGCGUCGCAGAAGAGCCAGCGCACACAGCAGGUCCUGCACCUGCAGGUGCUGCAGCUGCAGCAGGAGAAGCGACAGCUGCGGCAGGAGCUCGAGAGCCUCAUGAAGGAGCAGGACCUGCUGGAGACCAAGCUCCGGUCGUAUGAGCGGGAGAAGACCAACUUUGCGCCAGCCCUGGAAGAGACCCAGUGGGAGGUGUGCCAGAAGUCAGGCGAGAUCUCUCUCCUGAAGCAGCAGCUCAAGGAGUCCCAGACCGAGGUGAACGCCAAGGCCAGCGAGAUCCUCAGUCUGAAGGCACAGCUGAAGGACACCCGGGGCAAGCUGGAGGGCAUGGAGCUGAGGACGCAGGACCUGGAGGGCGCCCUGCGCACCAAGGGCCUGGAGCUGGAGGUGUGCGAGAACGAGCUGCAGCGCAAGAAGAACGAGUCCGAGCUGCUGCGGGAGAAGGUGAAUCUCCUGGAGCAAGAGCUGCUGGAGCUGCGGGCCCAGGCUGCCCUGCAGCGGGAGAGCGCAUCCCUGGGGGCUGGGCUGGGAGCUGUGCCCACCUUCUCUGAGGACAUCCCUGCCCUGCAAAGGGAGCUGGAGCGGCUGCGGGCCGAGCUGAAGGAGGAGCGGCAAGGCCACGACCAGAUGUCCUCGGGCUUCCAGCACGAGCGGCUGGUGUGGAAGGAGGAGAAGGAGAAGGUGAUUCAGUACCAGAAGCAGCUGCAGCAGAGCUACCUGGCCAUGUACCAGCGCAACCAGCGCCUGGAGAAGGCCCUGCAGCAGCUGACCCGCGGGGACGGGGCCGGGCAGUCCUUUGAGAUUGACCUGGAAGGGGCUGACAUCCCCUAUGAGGACAUCAUAGCCACGGAGAUCUGAGGGGGCCACCUGGGGGAGGGAGGACUGGGGACCUGGAGGCGAGGGGGCGGGGGCCAGGCCGCUCAAGGAGCCUCCCCCCUCCCCCUCGCCCGCCAGCUCUCCUCCACAACAGCGCGGGCCUCCUGGGCACAGACCCAGGAGCUGCCAGGGGUGGGCAGGGGUCACUACAUUGCCUCCUUCCCCGACCCCACCUCAGCCACUCUGCAGAGCAGUGGACUUGGUGAUUCCCCAGCUCUCCAGAAGACCGGCACAGGAUAAGACCGGCACAGGAUGUGGGCCGGUUAAGGGAUCCCUGAGCCUUGGCCUCUGCUCCAGUGGGAGAGACCCUCCGCCAUGAAACGGGCUGCCAGCCCUGAAGGCCAAAUGGCCAUGCCAAGGACGGAAGCCCCCUUCCAUGUCUCAUCCCCAAGCCCCCUUCCCCCCGGACACUUUAGGAUGCCUUGGGAAUAGAGGAAAGCCAUGCAUGCCCAGAAGCCUUGGUCUGUCCCCCUGACCUGAGCCCUGCUCCUCUGGUCCAGAAGGCGUAGGGGUCGGAUGAGGUGUGGGAAGUGGCCGGGGUGCAGAGGGGCUGCGUCAUGAGUGCCUGAGGAAGAUUAGUGGGGUCUGACCUCUAAUUGAACUGUGCAGCCCCUGAACAGCCGGUAGCAUUUGCCUCGGCGACCAUUCCUUUCAAAGCCAUAGACACAGAGGCCCUGGGGUGUGGUGCUGGGACAGCGACACGGAGGACCUGGCCUUCCAGCUGGCCCCGGGGAGCCUCCUAAGUGCCCCGCCUAGAGCAGAGGCAGGGAUCCUCUGGCCCACGGCCACACUGCAAGGUCUUCCCAGACGUUGGAGUUCUGCACUGCUGCAGAAGGACCCUGUCUACUCCGAGGGUGGCUUGUGAGCUGGGGGUUUCCUUCUUCGCCUGUGGCCCAAGUCAGUGUCCUCUCCCCAUGACCUCUUUAGCACUGAGUAGACAGGUCAAGAUGGGUCCCCGGGUCUGGACAGGUGCCCAAGGUGCCUGGGCAUAGGGAGGUGUGUACAUCCCCCCCGAGCCUUAUGGACAGCCAGGGCCACCACUGCCCUUGCUCCACCUUGCGCCCCACAGGAUCCCCAGACUAUGAUUCCCUGCUGAGAGCAGCGGCCAUCCAGGGACACAGCCAAUGCCCAUGGGAAGCUGGGCUUUCUCUUGAAAUGUCCAGAGCAAGAGAGCAAACAGCAGACUUUCUCAGCUGCUUGGUUCAGAGGAUUUUCUUUCUUUUCUUUCUUCUUCCCUUUCUAGUCUUCCCAGAAGCAAGCCAGAUCUAGCAGGCAGCCAGGCUGUUCCACAUUCUAUUUUUGACAUAGCUGCAGCUGCUGCUGGCAGGACAACCAGCCCUUGCUGGAUUCCUGCUCCUCACGCCUGCGGAGAGGGGCCAGGGUGGCGGAGAGAUGAGCACGCCAGAGUCUGGGUACUUGACAUCCGAGCACAGGCUCCAGUUCUGGCUUCCUUCUGCACACUGGUCUUUGAACCCGGCAGGAGCGGGGCUGCUCCCCUGCAACCCGCGCCUGGCCCUGCCCUGAGCAUGGUGCCUUCCCCAUGGCCCACGCCACCUUUAUUCUCUGGGUUAGACGGUGCCUGUCUUGCUGUGCUCCUGUGACAGGUGUCCCCUGGAAUCUCAAACCACUGCUUUUAGUCUCCGGCUGGAUUGAAACCUGGAAUUUCCAGGCUCAAGGGCCCCUCCCUGUCCCCUCCACUGAGGCCUUCCUCCCAGUGAGACUGCCCCGCGUAGAGUGAGAACGGACCUGGCCGCCCCUCCUUGGGCUGGGGCCCCCCACCAGGAGCAGGCAGGGCAGGGCAGGGCAGGGGUCAGGCUCACCCACCCAGAGCUCAGUCUUCCCUUCCCAUGGCCCUGUGGCCCUACCUGUCUCAGACACAUCCACCUGCCCAGGCCUUGGCCACCCUCCGAGAUGGCAAGGCAGAUACCCUUGCUGGGCUGCCACCAGCCCCAGGCCCCAGGGCAGCUGAAGGUGUCCCCAGAAUGCGAGUGUGCUGCGGCCUCCCCUCCUGCGGGUUCCUUCCUUCCUGUUCUUGGACCUUGCCUCUGAAGGAAGGCUAUUGGCAGCAGGGGCCAAGCAGGGCUGGGGUGACCGAGCUCGGGGAGGCAUCCUGGGGGUGCUUGCUCCUUUAGACUCACACUAUCUGCUCCCCAAAAAGGUCCCAGGCCUGAUAGUGCCCCAGUUCUCAAAGACAGCAUCAGUCAGCAGCCCCUCUGCAAGGCGGGCUCACCUCGGAUGUCAGAAAGACCAGACCCACGGGCGCCUCAUGGAGUGGGGGGUGAACCCCCGGCCAGGCACACUCAGCGCCCACGGCACGGAGCUCAGGCAUUCGCUGAGCCACCGUGUGUCCCUGACCCCAGCCUGGGCCAUCUCUUAAGAGACAGAGCUGCCCAAGAGGAAGCCAGGCUGGGCCAUGGGAGCAGCCUUGGGCCAGGGAUUCCCUGUGGCCCUUCCCUACGAGCCCGUGAGCCCUGGCUGGUGACACCUGCUGUGCGCCUGGCAGGUUGCCCUCUGCUGUCUGUGGCAAAGCUGGCUUUGGUGGACCGACACUCGGAAAACUCUGUACAUAGUUAUUUUCCUCUCCGUUGUUUCGGGUUUGCUUUGCAUUGCUUUCGAUGACUUCAUCUUAUUUUAUUUUUGAUGUCACUUUUUGGUCCUGUAAACUAUUUCUGGUAAUGUUGUGUUCUUAUUUAUGAAUAAAGAAUGCCAUUUCUCAUGCCUUUCAUAGCCA